AUGGCCGCCGAACAGCGCAAGCUGCUUGAGCAGCUGAUGGGAGAUCAAUACAUGGGCGGGUCCAGCUCCAGAAACGCCAACUUGACCCUCACAUCGCCUACUGUGUGUCGUUCGUAUCUGGUCGGAACUUGUCCACACGAUCUCUUCACCAACACCAAACAAGAUUUGGGCGCCUGUCCCAAGGCACACCCUGAAAUCCUCAAAAUCGAAUACGACAACCUCACACCAGCCGAGAAGGCCAAAUAUGGCUUCGACUACGACUACAUGCGUGAUCUGCAGAAAUAUAUCGAUGACUGCAAUCGGCGUAUCGACCAGGCACAGCGACGAUUGGAAAAAACACCCGACGAGAUCAGACAGACGAACAACCUGCUUAAGACUAUAUCAGAUCUGACCAAGACGGUCAACACAGGCUUGUUGGAGGUUAAUUGCCUCGCAGAGACUGGCUCUGUGAACCUGGCAUGCACCGAGUUUUACAAAGUGCGUACGGCCAAGAUGGCCAAAGAGCAGGCGGAGCGGGAUCUGAAGUCGUUGUCUGAUACCAGUGGUCCGUCUGGCCAUCAGAAACUCCAAGUGUGUGAUGUCUGUGGAGCAUAUCUGUCGAGGCUGGAUAACGACAGACGAUUGGCGGAUCAUUUCUACGGCAAGAUGCAUCUUGGGUAUGCACAGAUGCGGAGGACCUAUGAAGGAUUGCAGAAGGAGUUGAAAGGUCGGGCACCUCCUAUGAGAUCUGACGACAGUCCUGCUGGACCUAGAGGGUACGAUGAUGGCGGGUAUGGAGAUGGCGGUUGGGGUGGGCGUGGAGGUGGAGGAGGAUAUGGCGGGAGAGGAGGCUAUAGGGGAGGGGGUGGGUAUAGAGGGAGAGGCCGGGGAAGAUGGUGA